AUGGCGAUCGCGACGCGGGCGAUGGUGACGCCGACGACGCGUAGGUGGAAGGUGGCGACGCGCGCGCGGGGCGAGCGCGCGGACGACGGGGGCGAGACGGGACGACGGACGAUGAUGAUGAUGAUGAUGAUGAUGAUGAUGUCGAGCGGGACGACGACGGCGUGGACGGCGCGCGCGCGCGCGGCGAGCGCGAACGCCGGGACGGACGAUGUCGUCGAUCCCUCGAUAGAGGCGCGGAGGCGAAAGAUGGAACGGCGAGUGAAUCGGAUGCGGCGGGUGGACGCGGCGAGUCGAAUCGAACGCGAGGCGCGAGACGCGGAAAACGAACGGGCGAGGGUGACCUACGCCGAGUUCGCGGCGAAGAAGAAGGCGAAGAUUAGACUUGAACGUGAGGGUGAGCUCACGGCGGAGGAGAUCGAGCGGGAGGCGGCGCGGCAGGGUGAGAUGGCGCGCGAGCGCGCGCGGCGCGGCGCCGAGGCGGAGCGCGCCGAACUCCGGGAGUACGAGGAACUCCUCGCGCGCAGACGUCGAGAGGCGGCGAUGCGCGCGGAGAAUGGAGACGUGGGAUGGUAUCGCGAUUGA